CUCCCUCUCCUUUUCGCCUCUCCUUCUCCUUCCCGCUCACAUCUCCUCUCCAUCCCUGCCGCCAUCCCCCCGCGGACUGGCGGUCUCCUGGACCAAAGCCGCGGACGUCUCUACCCGAGCGAUGUCUCCUCUCCAGAAAGUUGCCUCCGCCGCCGCCGCCGGGCGGUGAAACAAAGUCUGGCGGGGCCACCUCCCAGUGCGUGAGCGCACCCUUGCCCAGUGGCCGGGCUCAGCUGCCGGGCGUGCCGUCUCCCUCCGGGGAGCCCGAAACGCGCCGGGCCAUGGCCGAGGGCGCGGCCGGCAGGGAGGGUCCCGCGCCGGCCGACGCAGCCGGGGGCGAAGACGACCCUCGAGCGGGCCCGGACGCCGCCUCCGGGGACGGCGUGGCGGCGGCCCCUGGGGGCCGAGGGAGGGACCGUCGCAGCGGGGUCGCACUGCCCGGCGCUGCAGGGCCCCCGGCGGACAGCGAGGCCGGCCUCCUGGAGGCGGCGCGGGCGACCCCCCGGCGCAGCAGCAUCAUCAAGGAUCCUUCAAACCAAAAAUGUGGGGGAAGAAAGAAAACUGUGUCUUUCAGCAGCAUGCCAUCGGAAAAGAAAAUUAGCAGUGCGAGCGACUGCAUCAGCUUCAUGCAAGCUGGCUGUGAACUCAAGAAGGUCCGGCCAAAUUCCCGCAUUUACAACCGUUUUUUCACCCUGGACACAGACCUCCAAGCUCUUCGCUGGGAGCCUUCCAAGAAAGACCUUGAGAAAGCUAAGCUUGAUAUUUCUGCCAUAAAAGAGAUCAGACUGGGCAAGAACACAGAAACGUUUAGAAACAAUGGCCUUGCUGACCAGAUUUGUGAGGACUGUGCCUUUUCCAUAGUCCAUGGGGAAAACUACGAGUCUCUGGAUCUGGUUGCCAAUUCAGCAGAUGUAGCAAAUAUCUGGGUGUCAGGGUUACGGUACCUGGUUUCUCGGAGUAAGCAACCCCUUGAUUUUAUGGAGGGCAACCAGAGCACACCAAGGUUCAUGUGGUUGAAAACUGUGUUUGAAGCAGCAGAUGUUGAUGGGAAUGGGAUUAUGUUGGAAGACACCGCUGUAGAGUUAAUAAAACAGCUCAACCCUACCCUGAAGGAGUCCAAGAUCAGGUUAAAGUUUAAAGAAAUCCAGAAGAGCAAAGAGAAACUAACCACUCGAGUGACAGAAGAGGAAUUUUGCGAAGCUUUUUGUGAACUUUGCACCAGGUCAGAAGUAUAUUUCUUACUUGUACAGAUAUCUAAAAACAAAGAAUAUUUGGAUGCCAAUGAUCUGAUGCUCUUUUUAGAAGCUGAGCAAGGAGUCACCCAUAUCACUGAGGAUAUGUGCUUAGACAUUAUUCGGAGAUAUGAACUUUCUGAAGAGGGACGCCAAAAAGGGUUUCUUGCAAUUGAUGGCUUUACCCAGUAUUUGUUGUCACCAGAAUGUGAAAUUUUUGAUCCUGAGCAAAAAAAGGUUGCCCAAGAUAUGACCCAGCCCUUAUCUCACUACUACAUCAACGCCUCUCACAACACCUAUCUCAUAGAAGACCAGUUCCGGGGGCCGGCUGAUAUUAACGGGUAUGUCAGAGCUUUGAAAAUGGGCUGUCGAAGCAUUGAACUUGAUGUAAGUGAUGGUUCAGAUAAUGAACCAAUCCUCUGUAAUCGAAAUAACAUGACAACACACCUUUCCUUUCUAAGUGUCAUAGAGGUGAUAAAUAAAUUUGCCUUUGUUGCUUCUGAAUACCCACUCAUUCUGUGCUUGGGGAAUCGCUGCUCCCUGCCACAGCAGAAGGUAAUGGUCCAACAGAUGAGAAAGGUUUUUGGCAAUACGCUCUAUACGGAAGCACCUUUGCCAUCAGAAUCCUACCUCCCAUCACCAGAAAAAUUAAAAAGAAUGAUCAUUGUGAAAGGAAAGAAAUUGCCUUCUGAUCCAGAUGUUUUAGAAGGAGAAGUAACAGACGAAGAUGAAGAAGCUGAAAUGUCUCGAAGGAUGUCAGUAGAUUACAAUGGUGAGCAGAAACAAGUCUGGCUGUGUAGGGAGCUCUCUGAUUUGGUAUCUAUCUGUCAAUCUGUUCAGUACAGGGAUUUUGAACUGUCUAUGAAGAGCCAAAACUACUGGGAAAUUUGUUCAUUUAGUGAAACAGAGGCCAGCCGAAUUGCAAAUGAGUAUCCAGAGGAUUUUGUAAAUUAUAAUAAGAAGUUCUUAUCAAGAAUCUAUCCUAGUGCCAUGAGGAUUGAUUCCAGUAACUUGAAUCCACAAGACUUUUGGAAUUGUGGCUGUCAGAUUGUGGCAAUGAAUUUUCAGACUCCUGGUCCGAUGAUGGACCUUCACACAGGCUGGUUUCUUCAAAAUGGGGGUUGUGGUUAUGUUCUGAGGCCGUCCAUCAUGCGAGAUGAAGUUUCUUACUUCAGCGCAAAUACAAAGGGCAUUGUACCUGGGGUGUCUCCUCUGGCUCUUCACAUCAAGAUCAUCAGUGGGCAGAAUUUUCCAAAGCCCAAGGGAGCGUGUGCCAAAGGGGAUGUCAUAGAUCCCUAUGUUUGUAUAGAGAUACAUGGAAUUCCAGCAGACUGCUCCGAGCAAAGAACUAAAACCGUACAACAAAACAGUGAUAAUCCUAUUUUUGAUGAAACUUUUGAGUUUCAAGUAAACCUGCCUGAGCUGGCCAUGAUCCGCUUUGUUGUUCUGGAUGAUGACUACAUCGGGGAUGAGUUUAUAGGGCAAUACACAAUACCGUUUGAAUGUUUGCAGCCUGGAUAUCGGCACGUUCCCCUGCGCUCUUUCGUGGGUGACAUCAUGGAGCACGUAACCCUUUUUGUCCACAUAGCAAUAACUAAUCGAAGUGGAGGAGGCAAGGCACAGAAGCGCAGCCUUUCGGUGAGAAUGGGGAAGAAAAUUCGGGAAUGCACCAUGCUCAGGAAUAUCGGUCUUAAAACCAUAGAUGACAUCUUUAAAAUAGCAGUUCAUCCCUUGCGAGAAGCCAUAGAUAUGAGAGAAAAUAUGCAGAAUGCCAUAGUGUCUGUUAAGGAGCUGUGUGGACUUCCUCCUAUCGCCAGUCUAAAGCAGUGCCUGUUGACCCUGUCCUCUCGGCUCAUCACCAGUGACAAUUCUCCCUCAGUCUCUCUUGUGAUGAAAGAUAACUUCCCUUAUCUGGAGCCUCUGGGGGCAAUUCCAGAUGUGCAGAAAAAGAUGCUGGCUGCUUAUGAUCUGAUGAUUCAAGAGAGCCGGUUUCUCAUAGAAAUGGCAGAUACAGUCCAGGAAAAGAUUGUGCAGUGUCAGAAAUCAGGGAUGGAGUUCCAUGAGGAACUUCAUAAUCUGGGGGCAAAGGAAGGCUUGAAAGGAAGAAAACUCAACAAGGCCACUGAGAGCUUUGCUUGGAACAUUACAGUGUUAAAGGGCCAAGGAGAUCUGUUGAAGAAUGCCAAGAACGAAGCUAUAGAAAACAUGAAGCAGAUCCAGCUGGCGUGCUUGUCUUGUGGACUUAGUAAAGCCCCCAGCAGCGGCACCGAGGCCAAGAGCAAGCGCAGCCUGGAAGCCAUAGAGGAGAAGGAAAGUGGAGAGGAGAACGGGAAGCUGUGACCCCGGGCAGGUCACCCGUCCUUCCUGUCGUGGACUCUGGUUUUUCUUUCUUGUUUUCUUUCUUUAAGCUUUUUAAAAGUUCACAAAAAGAUGCCCUCUGUGGGGUGUUGGACAUAAACAGAUAUUUUCACAGUGUCAGUAUUUUAUCGUAGUUAAUUUAUCUAAGUUAAAAUCUUUAGUAACAGUUUUAAAUUCUGAGGUGUGUGUACACACCCAUGUAUGGAUGUGGGUGGAAGUGUGUGUAUGUAUAUGUGUGUGUGUGAGAGAGAGAGAGAGGGAGAGACAGAGAGAGAGAGAAAAAGAGAGAGGGAGAGAAAGAGAGAGAGAGAAAAAGAGAGAGAGGGAGAGAGACUGUUAAAAUCUAUUCUGUGUUGCAUUAUUCAUUAGUAAGUUAUUACUUAUCAUUUGGGGACAAAUUUGUUAAUCUGAAAUCCUAAAGAGCACUUACUAUAACCUGUUGCUGUGUUUAAUUUUACUUCUCUACAUUUGUCAUUUAAUUUAGAGAUCUUAACAUAGCUUCUUAUUGAAGGAAGCCAAAUUUACCAAUGCAUAGAUGCUUUGAUAGAUUAAAUGUAGAUUAGGAAAAGUCCUAAAAAUCACAGUAGAAACAAAAGUGAAUGAAAGAUAAACAAAUGAUCAGAAUUUCUGAAAAGAUCAGCAAAGUCAUUUAUUUCUUCAGUUAGUGAACUCUUUAAAGUAUUUAUUAAAUAAAAUCAAUUUUUAGAAAGUUUUCUGUAGUUGUUUACUAAACAGAUAUGAUUUCAAAGGAAAAGCUGAUCAUAAGUGAAUUUAUUUACCCACCACUGUGGUACUCUGAAAGACUGAGAACUCUGUUGUAAUUAGGGUUUUGGUGUGACAAUAAGACUCAGUUAUAAAAUUUCAGGGUUGAGAUUUGUGGGAAGGUCUCAUUCUUCCAAACUGGGAGUCUAGCAUUUGUUUUCUUUAACAGACAUGGCAGCUCGGAGGUUUUGGCUUUGCUCAAAUUUAAUUUAGAGUACUAAAUUUAAAACAUUGUUCAAAUAAUACCAUAGCACAUUGAGCUGAUAGAAGUUCUGUGGGUCGGAUAACAUCUUCAUGAUGGUUUAAGAACUAACUGAUUACAAAGCAUCUGUGAUAUGACUUUAACAUGUGAAGAAAAACAUACACACAAAAGAAGCAAAUGAUUCAUUAGGGUACAUUUAUAAUUGCAUCCAGAUCAUUUUUACCCUAAUUUCUUCAUGAAGUGCUUGAGUGUAAUAUGUUUGUUACCUCCAACAGAACUAAAUGUUCUAUGAUUAUGAAAAUAUAUUUAUUUAAAACAUUGCUUUUAUUUUGAAAAGCUUCUUAAUUAAUUUGAUUAACAAAUACGUGAAUUUGGGGGAACAUAGGGAAGAUAAUUGUUGAAAUUUUGCAAAUAUAAACAUCUUAUAUAUAGCUACCGUGUUAAGUUAUUUCUGACUUCUUAACACUAUUAUGUUCAUGUUGCACAUUACUGAAAGAGUAAAGAUAUGAAACAACACUUUUAUUGUUCUCUUUUAUUGUGAAUUAAUUGAAAAAUGAAAGAUAAAGAAAAUGGGUUAUUAUAUCAAAGAUAUCUUAAAGAGUAUGAUAUUUUUAUGGACCAGAUAUGAUGAAAUUUCUCCUUUGGUUUAAAACUGGGCACUUGGGGAAGUACCUGAGCUCAUUUUAAGGUAGGUUUCCGAUGAUACUGCAAUAGCCUGAAAAAAUAUCUUGAGCUUCCAUUAUCCUUAACCUGCAUGGUUGAAGGAAUAGUGGAAUGGAGGUUUCUAAGUCCCUUAUGUUGAAAAAGAGGUGAUAUAGUCAGAAACAAAAGCUACCAUACAUCGGCCAGUUGGUUGGCUUCACCUGUGGACCUCUUUACUUCCCUGCAUUCACUUGGUGAAAUCAUUGCCUUUUCUGGUGAUAGAGAGAGAUGGGAAGAGAAGAUCAAGGCAAACUCUCAAAGAAUAUUUAUUCAUUUCUUUACUUGACGGUCAAAUCCAAUCCAUGAAAGUGGCUUCCCUAGUUUAUUCCAUUUGUCCUGGAGCUCCACCUACACUAAGGACCUAUCCAAAUCUUCUUGAGAACAUGAUAUGGAUUCCACCCCAUCUAAGGCUACUUCUGGCAAAGAGUUGCCAGCUGUUCUCUGCUCCGUUGCUUUGAGUAUCAUUGCUAGAUAGGGAGUGAGGUGUGGGGCAGGAAGGAGCUUUAGAUUGUGACAGUAGAGAAGUUGCAAGGGAAAAGGUCCUGAUGAUGGUCUUGCCUCUGGAUGGAAUAGCAAAAACACACAAAACUUUUUACGUUAUUACAGUCUGUGAGUGUCUGUCUCCUUACCAGGCUUGAACUGAGGUAGAAAAAGCCCUCUUCUAUGCACAGUUUAUGGGUGAGAAAGCUCAAGGCCAUUGGCAUCGUAUAUGGAAGAAUUGACUUUGAAUUCUAGUCUGUCUGAUUUUAUGCGCAAGAGUAUUUAUUCAGUGAUUUUGACUUUUAAUUUAAUUCUCAAAAUUUUAAAGUAAACUAUUAACUUUUUUCUUUAUAACCACAAGUGAAAAGAAGUUUAUUGCAUUUUCUGAUACUAAAAUACUAAUGAUCAGUAUAAAAAUGCAAAAAGAGAGAAAUGUUUAAAAAAUAAAAAUCACCUGCUAUUAACAUUUAGAUUUAUACACCUUCAGACACUGUUUAGAGUUUAUACAUACAUGUAAAUAAGCUUUCAUUUUUAACAAAAAUGAGGUCAUGUUAUACAAACUAUUUUGUAACAGGCUUUUUACAACAAUAAAAACGCUACAUCAUGGAUCUCUUUCUAUGUCAAUAAACAUGUAUGUACAUUGGAGUGCUCAGCCUUUGAAUUGCAUCUAGUCCAUAAAUGACAUAUUUUAUUUGGCCACUGAAUCUUUAAAAAAAAAUUUUAAACAAUAAACAGCUUUUAAAAAUCAGGAGAUUUCACAUAGAAAAUAUGAUUUUCGACUUCUUUUAAAAUGUUGGGUAUUAUGACAACACCAGACA